AUGAAAAAGAAAGAACAAGAGUUGAGCGGCGCCUCCUUCUUCUUGGACGAUCUCCUAGGGCUUCUCUCUCUGGCCUCUCUUCUCACACUCUCUUUCACAAACUCACACGCACGAUCUCUUCUUCAGCGGCUAAAAACAUGUAUAUAUGGGCGAAGUCGCGUAGGGUUUUCUUCAUGCCGGAAAAGGAAAGUUUCCCAUGAGCCGAGCCUUCUUCUCCACGUCGUGUAUGGGCCGACAUUGUACCAAGGAAAGCUCCAAACAUUAGCCAGGCCUCUUCUCUAUUCGAUCAAGGCCUUUGGCGCUGCUGCUCGGGCCAUUAGACACUCCAAAUCCUCCAUGGGCUUCGUUUGCUCGCUUACCGGACAUGUCUCGGGCUCUUUUACUCCUUUUUGCAUCCUUUUUGAUGGUUUCACCUACAAAGACUUCAAAUCCCACAAAUACAAGAAAACUACCUCUAAAGGCAAAGAAUCUUGCAAAAAUGGUGAUAUCAGAAGCAAGGUCUUGAGUAGGAGAAGGAAGGCGACCAUCAGGGGUACUCCAUUCGACAAUGUCUGUGCAACCUUCAUUUAUGUGCUCUUCAUCAUCAUUAGCAAAGUGUGUGUGGCUGCUUUGACCUUGAUGGAAUCUAGCUCGCUCAAACCGGUUGUAUGGGGUCCAAUUGCUCUGAUAGAAGUCCUGAUAGGACGCUUGAUCAAAAUCAUAGCUCGGAUGCUCGAAUUGCGGCUCCUUUGGGUCAACUCAAUCCUCAGCUUGAUCGAGUCCAUCUGUCGAGUCAGAACGUCUGGUUCUGGAACUCUUUCUCCUCUUCUGUCUGCUGGCUUCUGA